AUGACAGCAUCGUGGGUUAAAGAAACUCAAGAAAGCCUGUAUCAAAUCAGGCACUACCUGAAGUCAGAUUUCAAGAUACAUAUCAGUCUUGAAAACCAAUGUGCAGAUCAUUGUCUCACAUAUGCUCUAUCGGAUUCUACGUUGGAAUUCAAGAAGAAAAGCUUUCAUAAGCACAACAUGACAUGUGAUCGCUGUGACAUGUCAAAAGACACAUUGUCUGCAAUAAGAACUGCUGUAUCAUCAAAGAAUGUAACAAUGAGGUUAGUAUCAUUUUACGUGAACAUUUUUCACGGGCGAAAUAGUUUAAAGCAUGGAAUUGUAAAUUAAUAUUUGCAUAUCUUACAAUUAUCAUGGUUAAAGUACGGAUUUGUCUUUAAAGUGAAGAAACCAAAGAGGAGACAGUGCAUGCUUUAGAUGCCGCAGUCCAAAAGAUUCAGUUUUGGAAAGAACACAUAUUGCGAAGUGUACACCAGAAUACAGCAAAGAACAUUAUUCUUGAAGAAAUGAAGCCCAAUCAAGUGCUAAUGGUUUGCCGAAUGGUUUGGGAAGAAAGAUCGUCCAUGGCUUGUUUGUGCCGUAAUAUUCAAGAAACCAGAUGAAGAUCUUGAGGUAUAAGUAUGUCCUGUUUUUGUGUUUUCAAUUUGCACAGAGCUUAGUUGGCAACAAAGUUUCAUCAGUUUGACACACGAGAAAAGUAGAGUUUAAAUAUUUUUCUUUGUAAGAAUAGGUCAAAACAUUUUCCCAUUUGUUCGACAAGAUUGGUUCUCAGUGGCAUGGAUUAUCGAAAAUGUCUUGUCAAAUUUAAAAGAAAGUUAUCCCGAAAUCUCCGAAGCGUUUCUUAGAUCCGAUAAUGCAGCAUGUUAUCACUGUGAUCCGUUAAUGCUUUCUAUUCCGGGGAUUUCCAAACGAACUGGGAUUGAAAUUAGGCGAUAUAACUUCAGUGAUGCACAAUCUGGAAAAGAUAUCUGUGACAGACGAAUAGCAUGCGCGAAAAGCCACAUACGCCGUUUUUUAAAUGAACGGAACAACAUCACCACUGCAUCAGAUAUGAAGAAAGCUCUUGAUUCCUACGGUGGCGUCAAAGGGUACAGAACUUUUGUGGUUAGCAUCGACAGAACCAAGCAGCAAAUCGCAAAGCACAAGUCGACAGGAAUAACACUGAUCAACAACUUUGAAUUUCUGGAACCGGGAAUUAAUUAA